UUAAAACAAUAAACAUGGUAAAGUUGAUUGUAUGUUCCUACUCUUAUUACUGUAUAUAUAAUGCGAUGGUAAUGAACAUUAAGGUAUAUUCAUAAUUUUAUAUGUGCUUUGCAUUUUAUUCAGGCAAAUCAGCGGACCGCGUCUCCAAGGAAACAGCUCUUUAAAGUAAAAAAAAAAGCAUCUCAAAGCCUGUGGCGUAGUAGUCGGUCUGCGCAUGCGCAUUUCCCCUAAAUUGCACUGAUAGUCGCGCACACCCGCACGCAACGCAAACGUGACGCAGCAACGUUUGGAGCAUCAUCACGUGGUAUCGAACCCAGUGACGUUCUUUGUGACAUCAUAGCUGAUCAUAGCAUUAGGAGUCAGUUCAGCUUAGCAUUGCAGGCAAGAACAUCUCAGAAGAUUGCUCAUCUCAGAGUUUAACAAGAGCUUUGAAAAUGUCGACAGAUUUUAAGAUUACAGAAGGAGCAGCAAUUAUAAGUGAGUCUACAGUUUACCAAGUUUUGGAAAUCUCAAAUGUGGAUGCUAACUGUGCAGUUUUAGCACGUUGCAGAGUGGAAGAAACGGGCAAUAUCUUUGAUUUGAAAUGCAUUCCUACGAAACAUCUUUUGAAUUACAAACAUGAAGCAAAGGUACUUCAUUAUCUCAAAGAUCGGUAUCCAGGAGAAAGUAACUUUGUCAAGAUCAUUGAAACAUUUGGUUUCCAAGAUUGGUUUUGCUUUGUCUUUGAAAAGUUAGACAUGAGAUUGUCUGAUUUUGUGAAAAGCAGAGCUAAUAAACGCCUUAGCAUGAAAGAAAUCAAAGUGUUCGCACGGCAAAUGCUUACAGCCUUAACUGAUCUAGAGAAUGUUGGCAUCACUCAUAUGAAUAUAAAACCAGAGAACAUUAUUGUAGUCAACGAUGAAUCACAAACGUUUAGAGUGAAGCUGACUGGAUUUGAUGGGGCUGGAAAAACAUCAAUGCUUUCACAAAUGACCAUACCAAAGAAUUGUGGAUAUAGUGCGCCGGAAGUGUUAUUACAGUGUCAACUGGAUGAAAAAGUGGCCAUUUGGAGUGUAGGAAUGACACUGGCUUUCAUUUUUCUUGGCCAUCCACUUUAUCCAACGUGCUGUGAUUAUGAGUACAUGAGAAAGAUUGUGGAGGUUAACGGUUUGCCUCACAGAAAGUACCUUGAUCAGGGCGAAUGUACCGAUCAUUUUUUUACACCAGAUUCAGAUUGGAGUCUUCAAACUCCAGAGGAAUAUUUACAGAAGUCAGGGAGACAAGUUUGUUGUGGCAACUCAUUUUAUGAGGACUUCAAAUCUCUUAGUUGCUUAAUUUUUGAAGUGGACAUAGAAGAUUAUAAUUUUGAGGAAGUCAUAGCUUUUAUCGAGUUGCUUAAGCAAAUGCUAUUUGUGAAUCCAGAAGACAGAAUAUCCCCAGCUGAGGCUCUGAACCACAGUUUUGUCAGAGAGGACUUUUCAACCAGCAGCCGUGAAACUUCAGGUCGUGACCUGGGCACACCAGGCAAUGUUUCAGACGAAGAAAAUAAUUACACAGAGGAAGAUUUAAUUAUACAUGAAGGGGUUACUUUUGGAUUGGAAAGUGAAUAUUACCUUGAAGAAUUUCUAGAAACGGGGUUUGUUGGAACAGUUGCAAAGUGCAAAAAAGUUGAAACGGAAGAGGAUUUGGCAGUAAAAAUAUUUAACAAAGCAGUGAGAGAGUAUGGUGAGCGGGAAGUGGAGAUAUUAAAGGCUAUCAGUAGUCUUGACCCAGAUAAAAAUCACAUAAUCAGAUUUAUUGAUAGUUUCACCGACAGGGGUGUCCUUUUUAUUGUUCAAGAGCUGUUGGAUGAAGAUUUCAUUAACUUUCUAUUACAGCGAGACUGUAAACCUCUGACUCUGGCUGAAAUUAGACCCAUCGCUGAACAGAUGUUUGUAACCCUGAAAGCUCUGAAGAGUAUUGGCAUUACCCACUCAGACAUAAAACCAGAUAAUUUAAUGCUGGUUAAUCAUGAUUCACAACCAUUUAAGGUGAAGCUAAUAGAUUUUGGUUUUGCAUAUAGGACAGGUGGUUCACCUGAGACCUCAUUAUUCCAGAAUGAGAUGUACAGGGCACCGGAGGUUUAUUUCGGUCUUCCACGCGAUGAAGGAAUAGACAUGUGGUCCGUUGGGUGUAUGAUGGUAUUCUUAUUUAAAAGUCAGCACCUGUUUUCACCAUGUGAAUAUGAAAAUGUCAAGAGGAUUAUAAAGCUCUGCGGUCUGCCUGAGAAAGAUUUGCUAGAUAAGGGUUUGAGAGUCAGACUCUUCUUUACGAAGCUCCACAAUGGCUCUGACGAUUCUUGGAGAAUUAAUACAAGGGAGGAAUAUGAACUGGCCACAGGAGAGAUAACUGAACUCUGGGAUGAGACUAUCGAGUCUCUCGAUGACCUACUGAAAUGGGUGUCAGAAGAAGAGAAUCCUACAGAAUUUCAAGACCUCAAAUCUUUCAUAGACCUUCUUAAAAAAAUCCUAGUGGUGAAUCCGGCCAAGAGAAUCCUGCCAGAAGAUGCAUUAAAACACCCAUUCAUCACAAUGGAGCACCUUUCUGGUACGAACUCUUAUGUGACAGAGUCACGGAAAAUAUUACAAUUAUGCCAACUCACUAGCCAGUAUAGUGAUACAGAGAAAGAUAAUGAUGAGUCAGACUUAGGCCAGACAGGAUCAGAAAAUGAAAUGAAAAUCUCAAAGGUAAAAUUAGAGAAAGACAGAAUCCCAUCAGAUGAUGCAAAAAGCGACCCUGUCACAAUAGAGAGUCUUCCUUGUACUAGUGUAAGGUCUCGUAUGACUGGGGGAGCUAAAGCACCAGCAGGAAAUCAGCUUUUUAUGUUCAGUGAUUCAGAGGAUGAUGAGGACAAGUCAGCCUUACACAAAAUGCAAACAUCGCCCUUAAAAUUAGAGAAAGGGGUUCAAAUUAUCCACCAAUCAGAUAUUUACAGAAUCGAGGAAGUUGUUGGAAGUGGAGUUUUCGCUAAAGUUGUCAAGUGCAGUAUAAAGGGAACAGAUAAGAUGGUAGCUGUUAAAAUAUUUAGAAAAGACGUGCACAGGGAUGCAAUAGAGGAAAUAAAUGUGUACCGUCAUCUCAAAACUCUAAACUCUGACGAAAACAACAUCAUCAAAUUUAUUAAGUGUUUUAUGUACAAGGACUGCAUUUGCCUAGUUUUUGAACUUUAUCAUUCAUCACUGUUUGAGUUUGUGAAAAAAAGGAAUUGGAAAGCUUUGAGAGUGGAUGAAAUCAGACCUAUUGCUCAGCAGAUGUUGGUCACCCUCAGGGGCCUGAAAAGCAUUGGUGUUGUCCAUUCAGACAUAAAACCAGAUAAUAUCAUGCUGGUAAAAAAUGAUUUGCAGCCUUUUGAGGUCAAGUUAAUUGAUUUUGGGUUGGCUUUUGGAACAUCUAACUUAUCUGUCUUUAGAGAAGUGCAGCCUGAUGGUUACAGAGCCCCAGAGGUUUAUUUGGGACUUCCAUAUGAUGAAAGUAUAGACAUGUGGGGUCUUGGCUGUACAUUAGCGUUUAUGUACCUAGCCACAAAUCUGUUUCCAGAAAAAGAUUACCAAGUAAUGACGGUAAUUGUAAACCUUUGUGGUUUGCCUGAUGAAAAAGCACUUCAUGAAAGUAAGCACGUCAAAGAUUUUUUCAUUCUAGAGCCGUUUCAGUCAAGAAAUUAUUGGAGGUUAAAAACCAUGAGAGAAUACGUAAGAGACACAGGAAAGUUGUGUUAUCCAUUGGACCCGUUCUAUAAUAAUUUAUUUUCUCUGGAUGAUUUAGUGAAAAUGGCAAAUGAAGAAAACAAAGCUGGAAUAGAAGAUUCAAAAGCCUUUAUUGACCUUCUUAAGAAGAUGCUAGCGGUGGAUCCAGCAGACAGAAUAACCCCAGAUGAGGCGUUAAAACACCUUUUCAUAACGAAGGAGCCUCUUCCGUGUACUAGUUUAAUGUCUCGUGUGACAAAGGCAGAUGAAAUACCAUCAGAAAACCAGCUUACUAAUGCCGAUUGUGGUACAGAGGGAGACAAAGAUGAAUCGACCUUAAAUGUGACAGAACCAGAACAUGGAAUGGAAACAUCAACCUUAAAUUUAAAGAAAGGGGUAAAAAUCAUUAACGAAUCAGACGUUUACCUAAUUGAGGACGUCCUUGGAUGUGGAUGCGAGUCAUACGGACAGCGUGUCAAGUGCAGAAAAGAGGGAAGUGAUAAGUUAGUAGAUGUGAAAGUAGUUAGAAAACAAAAUUACUUGAAAGCAAUCAGAGAGGUGAAUUCAUAUGACAGCCUCAGUAAGGUUAACUCACAAGGAAUGACGUAUACUGACUGUUUUAUCUUUAAGGACUGUUUUUGCAUUGUUUAUGAACAGUAAGGACACUAGAAGUUAAUAUUUUACUGUUUUGGCAGUUUUUAUAUCAUUUAUACAAUAUACUUGAUAAGUUGCAUUUCUUGCAGAAAUAAUGUUAGCUGGAGCGUCUCCAUAUGAAGGUCCGAAGAGGUUUAGCGUCACAAUUUAUACCCUUACCUUUGACAAGACAGCAGAGCCUGGGCAAAACCGUAUAAAGUGUUUUUAGAAGCGCCAAACCCAACUGAAACAACAAUUAAAUGAAUCAUGAUAAAUCGUGAUAAAUCGUUCAAGAAAAAUUUUUAAGAAAUAAUCUGCUAUUUUGCUGUUAUGUUUUCUAGUUAGUAGAAAGCAGGCAGGCAGUAAUUUUAUCCAUAUGAACUUUAGUAUAGCAGGAGGGGCAAGCAUACAUUCAGCAUUCAUCUCGUAAUGAUGAGCAGAACUUCCCCUGAACUUACACUACACCUCUCUCUAGUGAGAUUGGUGAAAAAAGC